UAGGGUUUCAAUUCUCUUGAAAAAAAAUGGGAGGAAAGUGUCCGCACAGAAGCGUAAAGAAGAGAAGAUACUCUCACAAACAAUAUCGGCGUACAAAGUUUCUUGUAAACGGUGACGACGUCGUUUACGAUGAGUUGAAAAAACCCGAAGAGCAAAGGAAAGAGUUGCCUCUUGAUGAAGAUUUACCUGGAAUGGGUCAAUACUACUGUAUUCACUGCGAUCGAUAUUUUGCAAAUGUGACGGUGAGGGACGAGCAUUUCAAGACCAAGAAGCACAGGAAGCGUGUGAAAAUAAUGAUGGGCCCUAAACCGCACACCCAACUUGAUGCUGACUUGGCUGCUGGAAUGGGCAUGCCAGACAAUGGUCCAAAGCUAAUGUCAAUGAGUUGAGCUUCCCUUGUCCGGUUUGUGUCUCAUUUUGCACCGGUAGAGUUCCAUUGCACUUUGAAAAUUUAGCUGCGGAGCCAUCUCUCUGUCUCUCUCAGUAUAGCAAGUUUAGAGAUACUUAGAUUCGGCGUUUUAUGUUUGGCCAAGAUUCACUGAGAUGAUGCUAGUUAGUGGCCUAUGUUUUGUUUCUGUUGUAUGGAACUACAGACUGCUUAAAGAACCAUUUAAUUUCUAUGUCGAAGGAUAUAUUCAAUUUGGAUUGUGAUAGCUAAAUGCUGAAAGAACAGUUAUUCA